AUGUCGACGUCCAAACUCGUGCCCAACGACCCGCGCGUCGAACGCAAGGAGGCCAAGGUCAGGGGCAAGACCUACUCGUACCUCCAUGGCAAGCCCGAGGGCGGUGAGACGCCCAAGGGUGUCGUCCUCCUGGUGCACGGCUUCCCCGACUUCAGCUUUGGCUGGCGCUACCAGAUCCCCCAGCUCCAGGCCAUGGGCUACGAGGUCAUCGCCCCCGACACGCUCGGCUACGCCCUACACCCAGAAGGAGAUGGCCCCACGACAUGGCGGCCCUCGCCGAGGCCGUCCUCGGCCCCCAACCCCCGAGUCGUCCUCGGCGGCCACGACUGGGGCGGCGCCCUCGUUUGGCGCACGGCCAUGUACCACCCGGAGCUCGUCGUCGGCGUCUUCUCCGUCUGCACGCCCUACUUCCCGCCCAACCCGCGCUACUUCAGCCUCGAGUCCCUCGUCAACUCGGGCCGCCUGCCGAGCUUCCGCUACCAGCUGCAGUUCAUCAGCGGCGACGUCGAGGCCCACGUCAAGACGGACGACGACAUCCGCCAGGCCCUCGUCAGCAUCUACGGCGGCCGCACCCCCGACGGCCAGUUCGGCUUCAGCGCCGAAAAGGGCUUCAAGUUUGACCUCUUCGGCCGCGUCGGCGCCUCGCCCCUCGUGUCCAAGGCCGAGGAGGACCACUACGUCGAGACCUUUGCGCGCAACGGCCUCCACGGCCCGCUGAACUGGUACCGCACGCGGGAGCUCGCCUUUGCCGACGAGCAGCCGUUUGUCGAGAAGCGCUGGCGGUUCGAGGUGCCGUGCUUCUUUGUCUCGGCCGCCAAGGACUUGGCGCUGACGCCCGACAUGGCCAAGGGCAUGGGCGCGCACUUUGACGACCUGACGACCGAGUCGGUCGAGGCCGGACACUGGGCGCUGUGGCAGAAGGCCGACGAGAUCAACGCCAUGCUGAAGGCGUGGUUUGCCGAGAAGAUUGAGGGCAAGGCGGCUGACGUCAAGGCGGCUCUGUGA